CGGUCACUGGUAGAUGCUGUGCUCCUCGCCACUGUGGCGUGGCUAGUUCUAGCAAGGCAGUCUUCGACGAAAGAGUGCCCGAGGGAAGUCGUUGGCGACGUCACGGGUGUCUUUCCCCAAUUCUCGCAAAAAAUCAUCACCUUCAAGCACGACCCCGACUUCGUUCCCGAAGAUGGACACAAAUUCUUCACCAAUGAAACCAAGCAGAAGUGGCUAGACCUAGUACCUAAGGGUCUAGGUUGGAUUAAAGUAGACCAUCCGCGACAGUAUCAGGACCUCCCCGAACCAAUCAAAGACUUUGGAGGACCUGACCAGCCCGUUUUUACAACAUCCGUUACACAUCAACUGCAUUGCAUUUACGGAAUCGCUGAAGCAUACUCCGGCUUGAAAGCGAAUCCAUCCCAGCACGGUGAGCGGAUGCCGUGGCAUGUCAAUCACUGCUUUGACUACCUCCGACAGAGCAUUAUGUGCGCUGGCGAUCUGGCUGUCGAGGGCCAAGAAAAGACAUUCCCCGAUGGUAUUGUGGGAAGCGAUGGAUGGGAUGGGAAGCAUGUCUGUAGAGACUAUGGCGAGAUCUAUGAUUUCUUGGACGAACAUAGGGCGACCGAAGACCAUUGGAUUUGA